UUCAUUAUGCUUAAGUGUCAUUUUACUUUUCUAGCAAUUUGUUGCUUCCAACAUACAAAUCUUAUCAACUUAUAUUGGGAAUAGAAUCUUUAAUCAUAUUUUCAUUGCCUCUUCAAUUUCAUCUGAGUUAUUCAUUGAGUUUCUAAUAACAACUUUUUCUUUUCCUAAACAACUUCUCUGAAAAACGAUUUCUCUUUAUUGCCUCUUCAAUUUCAUUUACAAUCAACAGUAGCAACAUUCCCUCUUUCACCAUUUUACAAUUUAUCUGCAAAUCCAGUGAUAAUGAGUCGAAAAUUAGAUUUCGUAAAAGACAUCAACGACUCAAAAGAAACAUGACGGUCUGAUGUUCGAAUUAUUUGAUGCAUGGAGUGUGAUCAACAGUAAGGGGAUUGGGCAUAUGAAUAUGCUUUUAAUGGAUGCAGCGCACCUUAUGGGAAAGCUAUGGAUCUAUGUUUUUGAAUUACUACAAUGAUGAGAAUAACAAGGGUGCUAUUGCAAUUGUUCUCACGCAUGCAAUGAUAAAGGAUUGUCAAGUUUCACAUGGAUGCAGCGGUUCUAAACCGUUGAUUAAUGAAGAUAUUCCAGAUAUUAAAGAAUUUUUGUCUAAGUUACCUACAAACGAACAGACUCAAAAGCCCACUCAAUCAUCAAGAUCUUUGUCUAAUUGGUCCGGAGCAUCACAGUAUAUCCCGGUUGAGAAGUUUGUUCAUAAGUCCAAAUGCAUGUCCUUGAGUCAGUUUGUUCAAGCUCAAAUACUUAAUUUAGUUUUAUGUUAGAAAGUGAAUUGUCUUUUUUUUUUCCUAAUAAGGUUCAUCUUUCUUAACAUUCAUGCCAAUGUAGUAUUUCAACGGUAUUUCAGAAGUGCAUAACUUAUUUG